UCUCCUGGAGUAGGGUUUAGAACUAAAUAUGGACACAGAUUACAGAGCCAUUCUCACUGAGGAGGUUGCGUUGGAGGGACUAGAUGGUAUUACUCUGCAAGCAUUAUGGGUAAGACUGGAAAACCGGGUUAACUUCAGAAUGAGGCUGGAUGAGAAAAGUAAGGAAUUCCUUUGGUGCUUUCUUCUCUCUAUCCCUGAUCUGGAAUUUUACCGACUAGAAACUCCUCGUGGAAUCCUCAACGCGAAGCAGCCUAUCGUUAUGGACCCUGAAUCAGGAGUUACGGUGGAUUUCGAUGUGGGAGAAGACUUGUAUCCAAUCCAAAUCAUAAAGACUGAAGGCUCUGUGAUUGGUUCCUGUUCUACGUAUCAUAGUAGACAGUGUGUUACCAUGGAAAUAAAACCAGAUGAUGAUUCUCAGCAGAGACCAACAGUGAAAGAAGUGGAAGAAAGAUAUGGUAACAGUCUAGUGAUUGUGGCCUCUCAGGAACAGAGGUUCACUGCUUUGUGUGGUGAAGAACUGGACCCCAGCAGUCUAUAUAACUUAGCAGACAUCAGCUUCUGUUUACUAGAGAGGAUAGGCAGGUCACGGAGGGCAGGGGAAUUGUCUAUUGGUGAAUCCAGUAUGCAGGUCUUUAACCUCCAGCCCAAGUCCAUGUUUUACCACACGCUGCGACUCAUCAAACUAGGGAUACUGAAAAAACAGAGCAUUACAGUGUACAACAAAAAAGGACAGAACUCAUUACGACGUUUAUUUCACCUGACCAGAUUCUACCAGCAAUACCAGUCCAAGUACACCAUCCUGUCCAAUCUAGUGGUCAAUUAUCUGAAUGAUCAACCAAUGAGACGACAGGAAAUCCCAAAAACUAGACUGGACUGUGGUAUAGACCAGAAAAGUUUUAAGAAGCUCUACCAAAGCUAUAAUAAGAGAUUCCGUGUGUUUGCUGUUCCAUAUAAUGAAAUGUAUCAAGAGAGUCCUGAAAGUAGCUGGUACACAAAAAAUGGGGAUAUGAAGAUGGUUCGGUUGAUUGAGGUGAUAGAUGAAGAGAGCGAUGAAGAUGAAGACGAGGAUGGGAAGAUAGAGGAACUCUCUAAAGAUGAGACCUAUUUCCCACAAGUCUAUGAGAAAUCAAUCCUGCGACAAGCAAUGGAUUGUAUGGAGGCAGCGGGAGCCGAGGGCGUAUCACAGGGUCAGAUGAUGAAGAGGCUGUGUAUGGACAGUCUAGAGACGCGGAUGAUCUUACGUACCUUAGAACGGCGCAGAGUCGUCACCUCACUGAUGACAGAGGCAGGAAAACAGAAGAAAAAAGUAAUGGUGUCCAAGUCUUUUGUUGAUGGAAACAAAUUGAUAAAUCAGAUUAAUCAUGAAAAAGAGAAACUCAAACAGUCUCUACAGGACAUCAAGAAGCAAGUGAAAGAAGCUCCACAGACACCUGAAGAAGAAAAUAAAACUGAAAUGGAAGAUGAUGCUGCUGAAAAGGAAAAAGUAAAAUCACCCAAGAAAAGUGCAAAAGAGAGAAAAAUUGAAGAUGAAGUUCAGGGCUUAGUUCAUAACAUGAACACCACCAACAAGCACUUCAGAACGGAGGUCAAAGCCACUUGUCGACAAAUGAAACGAAUAAAUUACAUCUUGGACUUUAUCAGAGAGAAUAAAAUCAUAGAUGGUACUUUUCCUAUUGUCAAGAUGAUUCGAGAAAAAGAGCAAAGUGAGAACUUUGAAUACGUUGUUGACAAGAAGACAGUGGUUCGUCUUCUGUCUGUCCUGGCCAAGGAACAAAAGAUCAACAUUGUCAAUACAGUGCUUGUGGAUGGAAAUAAGGAAAAAAAGAUGCAAAUGAUGAUGAGUAAGGAGGUAGAACCGACGGAUCAACUGGUGACAUCCCUUAUUGACCAGGCUAACAUGAAGUUCCAGGCCAUCAACAAGGAACAGAUCGCCAAGAAAAAUCCAAAAUCCAGGGACUUCUCAAAAAUACCAGAGACUGCAAAAGAAGGUAUUUUCCAAAUUAUGUCACAUCGCAGUAAGCUGAAAGCCCAAGAUAUGAUAUAUGAUGUGGCCUAUUCGAAGCAUUAUGAUUUCCGCCCAAAGUUUUCUCGAGCUCAGAUUCUUCAUAAUUUGUUGUGGUACAUGGUGUAUGGCUGUCAAGAGACUACAUCUUGUCCUCCUGAUCUUGUGAAUGAUCCUGGAACUACCUCUAAUCAGGCAGAUAUCAGCACUCAGGACAAUAGUGAAGAAGAAGGAGAUGAAGGCAUUGUGACACUGAUAAAUAAAAUUCCUAAACCGCCUGUGUACAAAGAUGAGAUGUCAUGGAAACGUUUCCUCUCCCCGCUACCUAAGCACAAAGGUUAUGGAGAAGGAUGGUUUCUGGCCAGUGAUAUCUUACUGAAAAUACCGCUGGUGAUAUUCUGUAACAUUCUCUAUAUACCAUACAGGAUUCGGGGGCUGAAGGAGCUUCUUGAUGAUCCGGAGAAAUGUUUUUACCCUGUUAUCAGUCUGCCCACCCCGAUUACCCAGCAGCUCCUGUAUGCCCGCAAAUACAUCUUCUCUUUCUACAGUAACUGUGUCAACCUCUGUAACAUGGGACUGGUUACCAUGGGGCCUCAGAUACUCAAGGAAAAAGACAAGAUCUUUAUCUACCUCCACAAGAGGGUAAGCUUGUUAGACACUAAAGGCUCUGAGCCUGGUUUCUGUAAAGUCAGGCUGAAGGAGAGGCCGGUGUCCUUAGAUUACUGGCUAGUGAACCAAGCUAUGGUGGACCAGUACUGGGUGGACCUCAAGCAUAUUUCCCUAAAUAGCAACCUGGCUCACAAAGACAAACGAGAAGAAGAGGAGGAGCCUGACAGUAGGCUCAUAGCUCUGCCAGACGCACGUUCUGUAAAAUCAGUAGACGACAUAAAGGAAGAUGGAUUUGUUCCGGGGGAUCGACUGGGUGCAGCAGGCCUGGAUUCCAACACAUUUCCACAUUUAUUCAGAAACUGGAGUGGUGUAUAUGGUCGGGCUACUAAGUCCAUAAAGAGAGAAAAGAAGCCAGAACCAUAUAUUGAAAAGAGGAAUAAUUAUGUCGAUCUUCAGAAAGUGAGGAAUACCAAAUUAUCCAUGAUACUGCCCAGACCCAAAGCUCGAGUAUCGCUGAAAACUAGAGAAAAAUCACCAGAAAUAAUCCGUGUGACCUUGACCAAGCAGGUCAAAGGAAACAAGGGAGGAAAGGGAAUUAAGCGUAAAUCUACAGAAAUUAGAAGCAGCAUUCCAGCAAAGAAAGCAAGAUCUUUACUGCAGAAAGUCAGGAAGAAGAUUGUGAAGCCCAGGAAGCGGAAGUUUUUAUAUGACGAUGUUGACGAGGAAGCCUACAACAAGAAAUUGUCACAGAGAGUAUCGUGGUCCUCGUACGAAGACAGCCUGUUGUUGACCAGUAAAAUUGCGACAAUGGUGAUGGACAGGAAAAGGCGGGGCGUGUUGAUUCCAUGGAGCUGCAUACGAGAUAUUCUAUAUGAGUAUGCACCAAAGGAAUCUGAGGAUAAGACAUCUUGUGCCUGUCAGAGGAGGGUCACACACUCACUGAAGAACCCCACCACAAAACAAAACCUCAUGACCUACUUGUCAGAGGCCAUGCAGGAUCCAUUUGUAAAGAAGUUCUCAGAGAAACAAUAUCUGCAGGCAUCAGAGCACGCUAUAAAGGAAUUCCAUGAUCUAGCCAGCUACCUCAUCAAGAAGUUUUCAAAUGUGAAGCUGAAUAAAACAUAUAUGCCUGACUCACUGUCGCAGGUGAAUGAUUAUGACAUUACCUGUGUUACACAGUAUACAAUGAGAAAAAUUCCUAUCUUAGAAGAACCAGACAGCAGGGCCAAAAUUCUGGAGUAUAUCCUUAAGGAUAUUAUACAUAGUUUUGUGUCAAGUGCUGGAGACAAACAGGGACGGAGUCACCAGAUGUUUAGACUUCUCAAUCAGUACCCAGACGCUAUCUUGGAUGUUGCCUUACAGAAACUUAGGACAGAUGGUGUCAUUGUCAAAAAUAAGAGGAGGGAAAACCCCAAAGUAAUGGAAACCGGAAUAAAGAACAUCAAGUUAUCACAAAGAUAUUCCUUCCGAUUUCAUUCUCGUUAUCCCACGUCCUUGUUUACCAACUGUUUUGCAACCAUCAAGGAACUCAUGAGGUCAGAUGAGGGCAAGUUCAACACCAUAGAGGUCAAGGACAAAGUCAAUGGAGGAUUGUGUGCAACCAUUAUAGAACUUAUUCUUAAUAGGCGGCUCACCAUUGAUAUGGAGAUACCAUCUGAUAUAGUAAUAUUGGACCCACAAUUCAAAGAAGGUCGAGGCUAUAACCAACAAAUGUCAGCAAUGGCCAAGAGACCUCGACUACAGGAAGUUCUGGACUCGGAUGAUGAGGAUUACCCUCUUGACCUGGAUCAGAAAGAAGCUCGACCUAGUGUCUUAGGGCUGGAGUCACCAUGGGAACUAGUGAGGCAAUUUGAUGGUCCAGCUUUUGUUUAUGAUGAAGAUGGAAAAACCAUAAAGGAAUAUUCUGUUGGAAGCCAAAGUACCAUUCGGUUUCAGAAAGAUGACAAUCUGGAAGAAAGCAAGAAAGGGAAAGAAAAGUCUAAGGUGAACAUUCUGUGUGCCUCCCGAGCUCUGGUUACAAUGAGGAGGUCUCGAGCGGAACAGGAUCAAGAUUUCAAAUAUUAUGUAGUGCAGGAUAACUUCCUGAUUCAAGCUUGCGGGAUUAAGCUGGGAGUUUGUGAAGAGGAUGAGGAUCCAGCACAGACAAGGGGGAAAAUGACAAUGCUGGAUAUUCCCUAUAACAGGGAAAAGACCAGGGAAAUUAUUAAACAAGUGCAGAGUUUUAUUCCUUUUGAGUUGGACAUGGAGGAGGUUUGGUCUACAGUAGAACCUGAGUUAAUAGAUUCAGUCAAGUCUGUGUACAGUCUGAUCCACUCCGCUGGUGAAUUGGGAAUCUGUCACUUUUAUCUCAAGAAUGUUGUCAACAAUUGGGAAUUAUUCAGGUUAGCAGUAGGGCACUUGUUGGGCAAAAAAGCGGUUCUACGUGUAGGAAUAACCAGUAUAAAGUAUGUCUCCCUGCCCAAUUGUCGACCCUGGAUUAUUCACAACUAUAGAGACACCAGAGGGCGCGGACACCACAGGGAGGUUGUGGCCGACGCGAAGGAAGACAAGCUGUUUAUAAGUAAAGAAAUCGUGGAUCAUACCCAGGAUGGCAGUGCUGGGACACUGGAGAGGUCUACAAAAACAAAGGCGGAGCAGCCAUCCGAAAAAUCUACACACAGUUCAUCUGAUAACCAAAGGUUCGUGGAGGAAAACUCUUCCACCAUUCGUGUGGACACGAAGGCUACAAAUACAGAUUUAACUAAAACCUCAGACGAUGACAAAGUAAGACAAAAUGUCUGUGAAAAUGAGUCAGCCGUGGCACAAUUGACUACCAACAAGGUCUCGUCAGUUACUACCCAAACCGAACUUAACAAUAGUCAACAGGAUACUGAGUCAGAGACGGCGGUGAAUGGUGGGCAGGAAGUAGACACUUUGAGCGGCAAAAAAGGAAAGGAGCUGAUCACCACCAGAAUAGGCCCAAACACAAGGUCAAGGUCACCCAAAAAGAAGUUGGUGGACGAUAAUGAUUCUAUUCCUGUUGGACCCAAAGCAUUCAGUACGUAUGAGAAGAUCCGCCUUCAUAUUAUGCCGUGGAAGAAACCAGAGGGUUACCUUAACAAACCAGUCUUCUCCUUAAUGCUUCAGGCAGUGCUGCUUUAUAUAGUGUCUAACCCUGGAAUCUCCUUCACAAACAUAUGUGGACGGUACCUACCCUACCUCCUGCCUUGUCAUCUGAGGGAAUUAUUGGAGAUACUGGGUGAGAUAGGAUGCUUGUCAAAGACCAUUUUGACCAGAGAACCUGCCCUGUCCGUAUUUUCUACUUAUCAGGCGCCAAUACAAGUGUCAGAGUCGGAGCAGUCAUUAGAAGACUGUGUCUGUUACGAGGCGACUAUUAGCGCCAUCCCAUUACUGGCUCAGUUCCUAGAGGAGGUCCAAAACACCGACUCCGUACAGCUGCACCGAGCCAGGAAAUGGACGCAGUCUGACACAGGUACUGUGUCUGCUGAGGGAGAAGAUCAGAAAAGAGAAGCUCAUCAACAAGCGGCACAUGAUACUGUGACAGGUCAGGAAAAUAGUUCCAAACCCACAGCUACUUAUCCAGGAAACGUUUCAAAAGUCUCUGCUGCUGUAGAAACCAGUCAGGACUCUGUGCCUGAUCAACAAACUAUCCAAUCUGUUUCAGAAGUCUCUGCUGUAGAAACCAGUCAGGACUCUGAGCAUGAUCAACAGACUAUCCAGUCUGUUUCAGAAUUCCCUGCUGUAGAAACCAGUCAGGACUCUACGUCUGAUCAAGAAACUGUCAAAACUGUUUCAGAAGUCUCUGCUUCUGUAGAAACCAGUCAGGACUCUACAUCUGAUUGGCAAAUUAUACAAACUGUCCGGUCAUUUCUAGAAGAAGGGGGAAAUGGCGCAAUAGGUCUUAGUGGAAGAGAGGAUAUGAAGACAGAAGACAAUGAAUUUGACAUGAGUUCACAGGAGGGUAUGGAUAUAGACCCAGCACCAGAAACUUCACCUAUUGACCCAGCACUAGAAACCUCACAUCUUGACCCAGCAUCAGAGACCUCACAUAUUGACCCAGCAUCAGAGACCUCACAUAUUGACCCAGCACCAGAGACUUCACAUAUUGACCCAGCACCAGAGACUUCACAUAUUGACCCAGCACCAGAGACUUCACAAAUUGACCCAGCACCAGAGACCUCACAUAUUGACCCAGCACCAGAGACCUCACAUAUUGACCCAGCAUCAGAGACCUCACAUAUUGACCCAGCACCAGAGAGUUCACAAAUUGACCCAGCACCAGAGACUUCACAAACUGAACCAGCACCAGAAACUUCGCGUAUUGACCAAGCUCCAGAGACUUCACAGUUUGAAUGUUAUUCAAUAGACGCAACAUGAGGAAGAGCGGAAGUGAUUAGUGAAUCUAGUCUGACAUCUGAAAAGAUAUCAAUCUAUGAGGGAUUCCUCUCAGCAGUUUCUGGAGGAUAAGCCUUUUACUUUUUAACUAUUAGGAUUCAUUUUGAAAAGAGUGGUUGUUAAUAAUGACUUAAAUAUAAAAGCCAUGCUAAGAAAGAUAGUAUUCAGUGGUGUUUCUUUUAAUUUAUUAAUAAUUAUUUGACUCUUAAAUUAGCUUGCGAAGGAAGAGACAGAAUGGACACUGGAACAUAAUUAUGUAUCUGCCUGUUAAAAGUGCCACACUGUUGAAGCACCUAAUAUUGUGCUGUUUUAAUUUUUUUUAUAACAAUCAUGUGUUCUAUUUGAAGUGUUUGGAGAAUGUAGGAUUUUUAGGAUGAUGAGGCCGAUAUACUAGUAUUUAUUUUUUCUAUAUAUCACUUGUUGUAUAGCAAAGUCGCAAUAAAAUACAUGAACAUAUCUAUA